AUGGCUGCUGCUCGUACUCUUCGCAUUGGUCUCAUCCCCGGUGACGGUAUUGGACGGGAGGUCAUCCCGGCCGGCCGUCGUCUUCUCGAGUCUCUGCCCUCAUCUCUGGGCCUGAAGUUCAACUUCGUUGACCUCGAUGCUGGUUUCGAGACCUUCCAGCGUACCGGUAGUGCUCUGCCGGACAAGACUGUUGAGACUCUCAAGAAGGAGUGUGAUGGUGCUCUCUUCGGUGCUGUCAGCUCCCCAAGCACCAAGGUGGCCGGUUACUCUUCCCCCAUCGUUGCUCUGCGCAAGAAGUUGGACCUCUACGCCAACGUCCGUCCCGUCAAGACCACCGCCGGUAGCAGCAACGGCAAGCCCAUUGACCUUGUCAUUGUCCGCGAGAACACCGAGGAUCUUUACGUGAAGGAGGAGACAACCAGAGAUACCCCCGAAGGCAAGGUCGCCGAGGCUAUCAAGCGCAUUUCUGAGCGGGCCUCAUCGCGCAUCUCCACCAUUGCCGGAGAGAUUGCUCUCCGUCGCCAGAACAUCCGCUCCACUUCCCCCGUUGCGUCCGUUCACUCCCAGCCUAUGGUUACCAUCACCCACAAGUCCAACGUCCUCUCCCAGACCGAUGGUCUGUUCCGUGAGACUGCCCGCCAGGCUCUCGCCGCCGCCAAGUUCUCCUCCAUCCACGUCGAGGAGCAGAUUGUCGACUCCAUGGUUUACAAGCUUUUCCGUCAGCCCGAGUACUACGAUGUUAUCGUUGCUCCUAACCUUUACGGUGACAUCUUGUCCGAUGGUGCUGCUGCCCUCGUUGGCUCUCUGGGUCUGGUUCCUAGCGCUAACGUCGGUGAUAACUUCGCUAUCGGUGAGCCUUGCCACGGCAGUGCUCCCGAUAUUGAGGGCCAGGGUAUUGCCAACCCUAUCGCUACUCUGCGUAGUGUUGCUCUCAUGCUGGAGUUCCUUGGAGAGGAGGCUGCUGCUGCUAAGAUCUACGCUGCUGUUGACGGUAACCUCGAUGAGGCUAAGUUCCUUUCCCCUGACAUGGGUGGUAAGGCUACUACUACCCAGGUUCUGGAGGAUGUCCUCAAGCGUCUGUAA